UAGUUCCAACAUGAAGCUGUUCUACCAAAUUAUCCUGGGUCUGGUGCUCAUCUUUGCCAUAAUGAGUUCCGUGACUAACGCCAAAUCUCUGGAGGAUGAUGAUGCUACCGAUGAGUCGGAUGAAUCCCUAAUCGGAGAUGCGGAAUCGAUUGAAUCUUCGCCCCAGGACGUGCAACAGGAUUAUCUCAAUGUGGGAGACUAUGUGCGUCCUCCUCCUCCAUGGUGGUUCUAAAUUUUAAUUAAACAAUUUUUUUUUUAUUUUAAAUCUGUUGUAUUCAAUUACUGUAUUACUAUUCCAUAGGACUACAUGUUUUGCUCGAUUAAUAAAC